GAUCAACCAAUUUUUUAUGUGAUCAACCCACAUCCACUGCCUGCCUCGGCUGUUUAGCCUUCUUCGCUAAUCCUUUACAAGCAAAUAGUACUAUAGUGUCUGAUUUUUAGGGGAUGAGAAAAUAUUGAGUUUUGUAGAUUGAAGUUUUAAAAUUGAUCCGCUCAGCAACGAUCCUGGAUGCGGUUUAAAUGGUCUCGGUCCUUCUUCCUUGAACGAGUCGCUGCUACCAUUGAUUUUCUGUUUGCAUACAGAUACCCAUAUCAAGACCUUUUCAGCAUCAAGUUGGAGGGAGAGUGUGAAGGACAAUGGAGGCAGCGCUGGGAUUGAUGAGAAGAAUGCCACCAAAGCACAUGGAGACGGCCCUCUCUGCUUUGCUCAGCCUCUUGCCGGAUCACUCAUCUGAUCUCCUUUCUCAGGUGGAUCAGCCUCUUCAGUCUAUGUGUGAUCUGGAAACUGGGAAAGAAUUUAUAUUGUGCGAAUACAACAGAGAUGCUGACUCAUAUAGGUCGCCAUUGUCAAAUACUUAUCAUCCACCAUUAGAAGAUGGAGCUUUUCCAUCUGCAGAGUUAAGGAAACUUGAGAUUGAAGCAAAUGAAGUCUUUGCUGUUUAUCGUGACCAGUAUUAUGAAGGCGGCAUCUCAUCGGUUUACAUGUGGGAAGACGAAAAUGAAGGUUUCAUUGCCUGCUUCUUAAUAAAGAAAGAUGGCUCAAAAUCUGGACAUGGUAGGAGAGGUUAUUUGCAGGAAGGUGCCUGGGAUGCUAUACAUGUUGUGCAGGUGGGCUCAGAGGAUGAAGGGACGACUCAGUACUCCCUAACCAGCACGGUGAUACUUUCUUUGACGACAAACAAUGAGUCCUCUGGCACCUUCAACUUGUCAGGGUCUAUUAGAAGACAGAUGAAGAUGCAUCUCCCUGUGUCCGAGGGUCAUUUAUGCAACAUGGGAAAGAUGAUCGAGGAAAUGGAGGGAAAGCUUAGAAAUUCGCUCGAUCAGGUUUAUUUUGGUAAGACGAAAGAAAUGGUCUGUGUUUUACGCCCUCCUUCUGAGCUUGUUCAAACAAAACUGCCUGCCACCUAAGAAUUUUUAUCCCAUCUCUUCGAUGGGCAUUCUUAAGAUACACCUCCAGAUGUGUUACUACUGCCAACGAGUUUAUUUAUUGUUAUUUCAUUUAUGAAUUCAGUUACUUCUAGUGUCACAAGAGGACUUGAGUCCUAUUGGUAUAAUUACAUACUGAUUACUUCUUUUUAAAAAAAAGAUGACACCCAUCUUUGAAAGUACCCCGGCUCUGCCAAACAGUUAUAUGGAAGAAUGUAAAUUGAGUUUUGA